GUGUUCAGUAGAUGUUAUAUAAACGCUUUAUCAGUUUAUCGUUUGAAGCUUAUUACCGCUUCUUUUAUUAUUUUGAGGAGGAAGAAAUUCAGCGAAGAAGAAGAGAAGGAAGGGAGGGAGAGGAACCACCCUCCGCUUGCUUCUUUAGCAGGCAAUUAAGGUCCCGUUUGCUGUUGCUUUCGGUUUCGUGUUGGCAUCGGAAACCCUAAUUUCUCCCCUAAGUCCUUCCCUUUACAUCAACACCACCACGUUUCCUAAUUUCUCCUCUUUUUGAUUUUGACAGCCGAGAUUUUUCUUUUCUCACAUCAUUCUUCUGCUCCAUUUCAAAUCCUAAAGUCGCACGCCAGUCCUUCUUUCCCGUCUUCGUCUUCGUCUUGAGAACAGUCGCACCAGCAGUCUUGCCAUGGCCAAAAGCUCCUUCAAGUUGGAACAUCCUCUGGAGAGGAGGCAGGCAGAAGCUGCUCGUAUCAGAGAGAAGUAUCCUGAUAGAAUACCAGUAAUUGUGGAGAAGGCUGAAAGGAGUGACAUUCCUGACAUAGAUAAGAAAAAGUAUCUUGUUCCUGCUGAUUUGACAGUUGGGCAGUUUGUUUAUGUUGUCCGGAAGAGGAUAAAGCUUAGCGCUGAGAAGGCCAUAUUCAUCUUUGUCAAGAAUAUUUUACCGCCCACUGCUGCAAUGAUGUCUGCGAUCUAUGAGGAGAACAAGGAUGAAGAUGGUUUCCUCUACAUGACCUACAGUGGUGAGAACACAUUUGGGUUCUGACCCUGGAUUCAGUCAAAUAUAUAAUAUGUAAAUAAAGACUGAAGGAAAAGAACGCAAAACCGGUGUAAAUUCUCAGCUAUAAUCCCUUUUUCGAGAGAAACGCUUCCCAGACUGCUUGUCUCCUUGUUUUGGAGCAACGAUUAUGAAUAUCAAUCUUAAUCCAAGUAAAUUGAAUGCUUA